GCAGCCAGCUGUGACCUCUGGUCCAGAUCCACAGAGGAGGGUCACCGGGCCGAGGUUCAUUCACCGCAAUCACAAGCAGCUUUAUUGCACAGAUGAGGAACGUGACUCUGGAUUGGACAAAGCUCCCGAUGUGCUGACUGACAGGCUGCAGUGUAGAGAACACAAGUAGACACACUGUGAACAACAACAGUGCAGGGAGGGAGUUAUUAUUAUGUACAUGAUACACAGAGCAAAGGAAGCAGGAAGUAUUAUUGUGCAGGUGUUAUGAGCCUGGUCCGGUUCUCCGCCGUCGUUCCCGGUCUGAAGUUCCACACCACAGCCUCUCCCAUGACGGGUGCGACGGUGCAGCAGUUCGAGGAGGCCAAGAGCAAACUGUCGGCGCUGAAGAACGACCCGGGCAACGAGGUCAAGCUGAAAAUCUACGCUCUCUUCAAACAGGCCACUCAGGGUCCCUGCAACACCCCCAAACCAGGCAUGCUGGACUUUGUCAACAAGGUUAAAUGGGAGGCGUGGAAAUCUCUGGGCUCCGUACCACAGGAUGAAGCCAGGCAGCAGUACUGCGACCUGAUUGGCUCCCUGGUGGCGGCAGAAGGUGGAAGCUCCGCCCAGGUGGCAGCUCAGCCCGCUGGGAGCGGGACGACGUACGAGACGCUAUUGGUCACCACGGAGGACGGCAUCACCACCAUCAAACUGAACCGACCGGCCAAGAAGAACGCCAUCACUACUGAGAUGUACUCUGAGAUCAUGGCAGCUCUGCAGCAGGCGGCUAAAGACGACUCGGUCCUCACUGUUUUCACUGGAGCUGGAGAUUUUUACUCCAGUGGAAACGACCUGAGCAACUUCACCAAGAUCCCCGAGGGAGGGGUGGAGGAGAGCGCCAAACGUGGAGGAGAGCUGCUCAGCAGGGAGUACGUGAAGGCCUACAUCGACUUCCCGAAGCCGCUGGUCGCCGUGGUGAACGGACCGGCUGUGGGGAUCGCUGUCACAGUGUUGGGACUGUUCGACCUGGUCUACGCUACAGAGAGGGCCACCUUCCAGACUCCCUUCAGCCAGCUGGGUCAGAGCGCCGAGGGCUGCUCCUCCUACACCUUCCCCAAAAUAAUGGGCCUCGCCAAGGUACACACAGAAGAAGAAGAGGCCGCAGCUGACUUCUUUAAAAGCUCAGACGGUUCAAUGUCGUGUAAAAAUUCAAGACUUGGGCCGGAUAAGAAAGCUUGAACUUUUACCAACAUUUUUAUUAUCAACAAAAACAGACACCAAUUAGAAUACAAAAGUUCGGUGCAAAAUAGAGUCCCAUUCUGUUACCAGAACAGAGACCCGAGUCCACAUGAAAACCAUGUAAUGACUGACUUUCACCUUCUUUUCUAGCUCUGUUUGUUAGCUUUACAUCAUCUCUUCGCUCUCUUUCCUACUGGGUCUGGGUCUAGGAAAGUCCCUGACUGCCUGCUCCUCCUCUCUGUGUCCUCUGCAUGCACUCUGCUUGAUCGUGCCAUUUCAUCCAUAACCUGACUUUUGUGGAAUAAACUGGUGUUGUUUGUGCUCUGUGCUAGAAACAGGACAUUCUUACUGUGAUGGACUAUA